AUGCAACCUGCGUUGGCGCCAGCACCGCAUCCCAGUAUGCAAUCUACUGCUCAGGAUCAUGCGGAUCAGGUUCUCCAUGACCAGCUGCUUGCUGCUCAGCACCAUCUCCCUGGUCCUCGCCACCAGGGUGGUCCAAGCCCGCAGCAGCACAUGGCACCUAGCACUGCUAGCCCUCGCGACCAGGCCAACAUUGACCCCGCCAUAUCUGGUGCGGCCAUGAUGGGUGCGGCUCCUCCGCAGACCCCGACUCAACCCCAGCAGGGUUCUCCCGAGAGUGUCAGCCCUAAGACCUAUGGAAAGCGUGAACUAUCUACCUCCAAGCGUGCUGCUCAGAAUCGCGCGGCCCAGCGUGCAUUCCGCCAGCGCAAAGAGACCUACAUCCGUAAGCUGGAAGACGAGAACAAAAACAUUGAGAGCUACAAAGACACCAUGUCUAAGCUUGUCAACGAGAACUAUUCUCUUCGCGACUAUGUUAUCAACCUCCAGUCUCGUCUGAUGGAAGCCCAGAUCGACGUCCCUGACCUGCCACCUAACAUCGACCUGACCCAAAACCCUCGUCACGACCUCGCUCUCGCUGGACUUGGGGCAGGUGCCCCUAAUGUUUCUUCCUCCGCUGCUCAGCAGGCUCAGCACCAAGGCUCUGUCAACGAUGACAUGAACUCGCUGAACAGGAUUGCCGUCGCUGGUCUGGGCAUGCGCAAGCACCCCGACGAGACGAACUUCAUGACACAAAAUUUCCAGCAGAACAAGCGUCCGCGUGUCGAUGAGAACACAACCGACCCGGACCUCGUCGGCAAGCAGGAAGGCCACCCACAUGGUCUCCCUAUGGCCUAG